ACACCCUAAAUGGUUGGAACUCUUCCCUUUUUGUAUCGAUUGCGUUGUACUUGUACUCAGCGAAGCGUCCCUACUAUUCAACCACAACACAAGCAGAGUCAUGACGCACUCCUCUUGUGCGUGUGAAAACCCAGAACAACACUGAACCCCAAAUUCAAGUUCCCGGUAUCUCCAUUCUCAUUUCUCACCAUAGAUCAUCCUCAAUUCCUCCUACACUUCACCAUCCAAAUUUCAAACAAUCAUUCUCUCCACCUCUUCAAUUCAAUUUUGCCACUUAAAUUCACCGAUUAACUGUCGACGUGUGUAAUGGAUGAUUAUAUGGAUCAUAGCUCUGGGGAAGACAGUGAUGGAAAUGAUUCGGAAGUAGAGGAGUAUGCAGAUAAAACGUAUGAAGAACUAACGGGUGGAAAACACAGUGUGAAGUUAUCUGAUGUAACUUUCACUUGCCCAUUUUGUACGAACAAGAAAAAGCGCGAUUACCAGUAUCAGGACCUAUUACAACACGCGACCAUGGUGGGAAAAAGCGAUUCGAAAAAACGAAGUGUGAAAGAAAAAGCAAGUCAUUUAGCGCUUGUGAAAUAUCUCGAGAAAGAUGUUAUGGAAAACACCGGUCCGUCACAAGCGAAAGAUAAUGUUGACGUUGACCAUCUUGCAGAGCAUGACGGUGAUGAGAUGUUUGUAUGGCCAUGGAAGGGUAUUGUGGUCAAUCUCCCUAUCGAGUUAAAAGACGGGCGUUAUGUGGGAAAAAGUGGUUCGAAUUUAAGGGAUACUUUGACUACGAGAGGGUUUAAUCCCACGCGGGUGAUUCCGUUAUGGAACUUUCGCGGUCAUUCGGGAUCCGCGCUUGUCGAGUUUAAAAAAGACUGGGUGGGGUUCAACAACGCGAUGUCGUUUGAGAAAGCGUAUGACGCUGAUCAUCACGGUAUACGGGAUUGGAAGGUUAAUAAAGACGAUCUCAAGGAUGAGAUUUACGGGUGGGUUGCGCGAUCCGAUGAUUAUAAUGCGACUAAUGUUAUUGGAGAACAUCUUCGUAAGAUUGCGGAUCUUAGAACCAUUUCGGAUAUAAUGGCGGAAGAAGAUCGUAAAGUCGAUAGCUUGGAAUCGAAUUUGAAAAAUAUAAACGAAGUGAAAAAGAAGCAGUUGGAAGAAAUGGAGAACCAAUAUGUCGAAACUGAACACUCGCUCAAAGAGCGUAUUGCCGAAAAAGACGUACUUGUUCAAAAAUAUAAUGAAGAGCUCAAGAAAAUUGAGUCGGGUGCACGAGAACAUAUCCAGAAGAUCUUUAGCGACCAUUUAAAGACGAAACAGCAAUUGGAAGACGAAAAGAGAAAACUUGAGCUUCAAGGGCAAGAACUACAGAAACGUGAGGCGAAUAACGAAAUCGAACAAAAAAAGCUAGCUGAAGAAAUUGCACAGAAUGCUGUACGGAAUAGUUUGCUUGAGAAGGCAUCUGAUGAGCAACAGAAAGCCGAUGAAAGUGUGAUGAAUCUCGCAGAAGAUCAGAAGAGGGAAAAAGAAGAGUUGCACAAGAAAAUAAUUAUGCUCGAGAAACAGUUGGAUUCAAAACAUGCAGUCGAGCUGGAAAUAGAAAAGUUAAAAGGGCAAUUAAACGUUAUGAAGCACAUUGGUGAAGAUGAUAUGGAGACUUUAAAAAAAGUGGACGAGAUACAGAAGAACUUGCGAGAACGAGAGGAAGAACUCGACGAUUUGGAAAGCUUAAAUCAAACUCUCGUUGUUCAGGAACGCAAAAGCAACGAUGAACUUCAAGAAGCUCGUAAAGAACUGAUUGAAGGCUUAAAAGAGUUACCAAAAACAGCUCAUAUUGGUGUGAAGAGGAUGGGAGAACUCGAGAAUAAACCGUUUAUUGAUGCCAUGAAGAGGAAAUAUGACGAGUCAGAGGCGGAAGAUAGAGCGUCGGAAUUAUGUUCCUUGUGGGAAGAGUUUCUUCGCGAUCCGAAUUGGCAUCCGUUCAAAGUCAUCACUGUUAAUGGAAAAUCUCAGCGUGUGAUAGAUGAAAAUGAGGAAAAACUGAAGGGGUUAAAAAGAAACUACGGGGGAGAAGUUUAUAAAGCUGUGGCUACUGCGUUAACAGAAAUAAACGAUUACAAUCCGAGUGGAGCAUAUGUGACAACAGAGCUAUGGAACUUCAACGAGGGCCGGAGAUCUACGUUAAAGGAAGGAGUUAUGUCUCUUUUAGAAAUGUGGGAGAUGCACAAACGAAGGCGGAACAUGUGACAGGGUUUCACGCAUGUUACGUUAGAAGGAUGCUUUCUGGUGCUGCGAACUCCAGUUUCCGUCUAGUUAAUAUAAACCAAACUGACAAUAUUUAGACCUUCUAAAAACCUUUCUGUUUAAAUUGUCUUCCUAUCUAGGAUAAAAAAAUGGUAGUUAGUGUGAUA